GCCCUCUGCGGGGCCAGCUGCAGAAGGUGCAGGGCAGGUUCGCAAGGCGGGGGGAGAGCAUGGAGCUCCGGGAGGCCUUUGAGGAUGUGGCUGUGUACUUCACGCGGGAAGAGUGGGAGCUGCUGGAGGAUGUACAGAAGGGGCUUUAUCGGUACCAGAUGCUGAGGAACUGCCGAGCCCUCAUUUCUCUGGGAUAUCAAGGUCCAACACCCAACUUAAUCUGCCGCAUCCAGCAAGGGCAAGAGGAGCUCUGGGUUGGUGACAGUGAGGAACGUGGGGACAUCUCAGGGUUGGAGGUCUUGCUGCCAGGAGGCGCCUGGCUGCUGAGCAGAGCUGAGGAGCAAGGUCGUGAGGAAGGGCCAGCAAAUCUGGAGCCAACCUGGACUUCCUCAGGGAGUUGUGGCAUGAUGGAGUCCCUGAGACCUGAGGAGGGCCAAUGGCUCAAGAGUCAGGGGAGGCCCCAAAAGCAGAGGGAGAAAGCAGCAAACCAGCACUGGUGCCACCAUGCAGGUGAGAAGCCAGAUUGGUGCCCUGAGUGUGGGAGGAACUUUACACACUCCUCUGACCUGGCUCAGCACCAGCACAUCCAUGCAUGGGAGAAGCCACUUUUGUGCCCUAGGAGUGGGAAGAGCUUCACCCUGUCCUCCCAACUGGACCAGUCUCAUUGCAUCCACGCAGGGGAGAAGCCACAUCAGUGCCUUGUGUGUGGGAAGAGCUUCACCCAGUCCUACAACCUGGACCAGCACCAGCGCAUCCACACAGGAGAGAAGCCACAUCAGUGCCUUGUGUGUGGGAAGAGCUUCACCCGGUCCUCCCACCUGGCACGGCACCAGCCCAUCCAUACUGGGCAGAAGCCACAUCAGUGCUCUUUGUGCAGGAAGAGUUUCACUGACUCCUCCAGCCUGGCCAUCCACCAGCGCAUCCACACAGGGGAGAAGCCACAUCAGUGCUCUCAGUGUGGGAAGAGCUUUGCCCACUCCUCCAACCUGGCCCGACACCAGCGCAUGCAUACAGGGGAGAAGCCACAUCAGUGCUCUGAGUGUGGGAAGAGCUUUACCCAGUACUCUAGUCUGGCCCGGCACCAGCGUGUCCACACAGGUGAGAAGCCACAUCGGUGCUCUGAGUGUGGGAAGAGCUUCACCCAAUCCUCCCACCUGGCCCGGCAUCAAGGCAUCCACAGAGGUGAAAAGCCACAUGAAUGAUCUGUGUGUGGGAAGAGCUUCACCUACUCCUCCAGCCUGGCCAGUCACCAGCGUAUCUAUGCAGGGGAGAAGCCACAAUAGUGCUGUGAGUAUCUGGCUAAACCCUAGCUUCCACCACAUCUAGUGGCCACACGUCCCACACUUUAGUUUCAGGCUGGGUGUAAAAGAACUUCUUCAUUAGCUUUCAGCUGACAAGCUGCUCAUUUCCUGUUGUAACCCCUGGUUCUUGCCUGGGGGGAAAUGGUCAAUAAUAAAUCCCUAUGGAC